AUGUUAUUAUUUACAGUCAGACGGUGACACAGCACCCGCUGUCAGCACCCGGCAAUCUCGGGCUACCUUUACAUUUACUACUUUAUUUACUACUUGUCAUUUAAACAGUCUGUAGCCUGUGCGUAUAUUUGUAGAAGUUUCACUAAAAGUUUUUUAUUUUAACUUUUGUUUGCUAUAGCUACCGGUAAGCUAGCUAUCCAGUCACGGAACUUUACACCAGGUUAGCUAAGGAAGUUCUUUCGUGUCAGCAUGGACCAAGCUGGCUCUUAUCCGGUGAAACUGUACAUCUACGACCUGUCCAGAGGCAUGGCCCGCCAGCUGAGCCCCGUCAUGCUUGGGAAACAGCUUGAUGGUAUAUGGCACACAGCCAUCGUGGUCCACGGAAAGGAGUACUUCUUUGUUGGAGAAGGCAUCAACGAUUGUCCACCUGGUGGCACUCCUUUGGGCGAGCCUGACUCUGUUGUGGACAUGGGCUUCACUGAGGUCCCUGCAGAGUUAUUUAUGGAGUAUUUAAUGUCACUGGCCGAGUCCACCUACAGUGGUGACAAGUACAACUUGUUUGAGCACAACUGCAACAGUUUCAGCAACGAGGUGGCUCAGUUCCUUACUGGCAAAAAGAUCCCAUCGUACAUUACAGACCUUCCAUCUGAAGUUCUGUCCACGCCGUUUGGCCAGGCUCUCCGUCCCCUACUGGACUCCGUCGUCAUAAACCCAGGAGGCAACAACAUAACUGGACAGCGAUAGACAGAAUUUUGCAUAUUGAAGAGGAAGAGAAAAUACUUGAUAACUUCUGUGCCAGUGGCUGACAGGUUGAUCUCUGCUACCAGUCCACAUUAACAGCUUCUUCACUGGGAAACUCUCCUCUAUUCAGUUUCAGGCUCUGUUUCUGUGUAUUCUACAUAUGUGGGGUUAUAAGGUGUAUCAGCCACUGUGGCCAGGAGCAUACAAAGAGAUUUCUAUUAUAUACGAUAAAUCGGAUUUAGCUCGAGGUUUGUUUUGUUCAUGAAGAUUACUUUGCUGAUGAGAUUACUUCCCCUGGUUUAGCCAAUCCAUUAUAUAUAUCCUCUGGAUUUGUGUUUUAAAUUUAUCCUCUCAUGCACUAGUACUUUUGAGAGGCUUUUUAAACAUACGUAGCCACUAAGAUGCUUCAUUAUGGAAGUCUGUCAGGAAGUGUAUUAAAAUCAGUUGACUAGUCCAGAAAUAAUUUGACGUGUACAGAAUCAAGACAGAAAGAUUUUCAGAUGCCUGAAAUGUUAACAUGUUAAGAAGGAUGACAUGAUUUUAUUGUCAGAACUUGUAAUUUCCAGUUCUUGGUGUACAGCCAGCUUUUACCGUACCAGCACCAAACAAGCAAAGUCUGACUAAGCUUAUCAUGCUUUCGCCUUACGCUCUUACCAAUGUUGGCCUUUUUACCCUUUCUAUUACCAAAUCAUGACAGUGGAGAGUGGAGUUUAAUGCCUCUAAAAGGAUGUCACGUUUUAACUCAUCACCUCACCUUCUUGAAGUCAUUGACCUUUUUUCGUUAUCGUGCAUAUCAGAGCUUCUGAUUGGUGAGUUUCUCCUCAUCUUCUUGUAGACUGUUGGUCAAAUUUUUAACACUUCACAUGGAGUUUAGGUAAAUUAUACAUAUUUGAAGUGUAAAUGUGUUACAUUGGUAUAAUUUUUAUCCAGAUCUGCAUCAAAAUACACAUAGUCAUAGACCAUAUACCAGCAAACAAGGUGUCCUCUUGUGUUUUAUCUUUUUUUUUUUUUGGCCAAAGUCCCAAAUCUGCAUCUGAAUAUAGUACCAAAGUUUGUCACUUGUUCCUUGAUCAGUGGCCACAUUUUGUACUAAAUUGCAUUUUAUUUGACCGUACAAGACCAAAAACCUGAUCUUAUGACCCACAACUACAGCAAUCCAGUUUCUUUCUCAAGGAACUGAAUAAAAGCUGUCUUGGUUUUGUUCAUACUUGCUGAAUUGUUCUACUUGGCAAUUUAGUAAUUAUUUUAUUUACUUGCCAUAUUGUAUUCUGACUUCUUUUUAGUAUUUCUUUGGUCACUAUGACGAGACUUCACUCCACCGACAGGACCAGAGUCAGAUAGAAUUACUGGCUUGUUGUUGUAUUUAGUGUUUCAGAAACUACAGUUUGACCAAACCUGAGCCGCUGUAUUUAACGUCUAACCUCUAAGUCGCUUGUUUCAUUCAAAACAUCUGAUGACCACAGAGCAUAGGGUUGUGUUUUUUUAAAGACUGGACCCAUCAGCAUUUUCCAUCUUUGAUUUGCUUCAUCUACAAUGUUGUAGAGUUAGCUCACUUCACAAAGACAAACUGUUACAGCCUCAAUGUAUGUCUGAUAGCAUGGAAUACUGAAGAAUUUGUAAAGUUUCUAUUUACAUGACUAAGCCAGGCAUUGUAAAUGAUAUGUACUGAGAUUGUUAUGCCAACAGCAACUUACCUCCAUUAUUGUGUAGUCAGGAAAAACAUACUGUUGAUGCCAUGAGUGUCUUUGCUCUGAGUUUAUUCAGAUUUCAGGACAAAAUUCAAGUGAGUUUAUCCUCUGAAUAGCUUCUUUGGGAUUAUGAAUUGUUAUUUUGAAUAUUGUUUACCUGUUGUCAUUCAACAUUAAAAUAAGGAAUUUAAUUUUGCAAGUAAAUGCACAAGGCCUUAAAAGUUUUGAUAUUUAUUCUGAAUUAAUACAAUUCUUACACAUUAAACUGUUGGGAAAAUGUGUGCUCUACAAAUAAAAAAUGUGUUUGCUGACUUGCAGUGAGUCACACAUUGUUUAGACUAACAUUCGUCUUCAAAUUAAUAAUGUAAUUGGUUGUAAAAGUAAUAAAUUUACACUCUGCACUUUGUUAAAUGUGUGACAUUUAAAACUUGACUCAAGUCCUAACAUUAAAAUAUCCUUUAUUAAAACAA